UUAGACGCGCUCCAGCCUAGGCUCCAGGAGGUUUUCCUGAGCCGCCCACCCUCCCGGGGCCAUGGAGGAGUCCAAGGGAAAAUGCGGAUAUGAUCCAUAAGGGCAAGAAACACAUUUGUUUGACUCACCAUGGAAAACAAUUCAGCUUCGAGUUCAAGAACUCUGUACACAACUUGAGCAAAACUCAGCAGACCAAACUCACUGUGGGCAGACUGGGAUUAGGCCUGAUCAUCAUCCAGCAUGGGCCCUACCUCCAGAUUUCCCACCUCAUCAAAAAUGGGGCUGCAGCCAAGGACCGGAGACUCAAGCCAGGUGAUGUUCUGAUUAGUGUUGGCCAUGCCAAUGUAUUAGGAUAUACUCUUCGAGAAUUUUUAAAGCUUUUGCAAAAUAUCACCAUAGGAACAGUGCUACAAUUCAAGGUUUACCGAGAUUUUAUUGCUAUACCCCGAGAAUGGCAAGAAAUAUAUGAUUUAAUCCCUGAAACCAAAUUCCCAGUGACACGUUCACCAAAGAAAACUGGGAAGGCAAAAGAUGAAUUUUUCUCAAGCCCUGAUGACAACGAAGAUGUAGUUUUAGAUAAAAAACUUAAAUUUUACAAUUAUUCACAGUCACUUGGGCCUCACCCUGCAAGAAGACCAGUAUCUAUUUCCAGAGAAUGGCAUGGGUAUAAAAAGGAGAACCAAACUAUUAGUGUUGGAAAAAACAUCAACUGUGAUGUGAUAAUUCAUCGAGAUCAUAAGAAAGAAGUGAGAGCCCCAUCUCCAUACUGGACCAUGGUGAAGAAAGAAAACAAAAGCUCUUCUUCCUCCAUCUCCUCCACCUCAGAUGCAUUUUGGCUGGAGGACUGUGCCCAAGUUGAGAAGGGCAAAAGUCAACUGGCAUCAAAGGUUAGGCAAUAGUUUACAAAUGUGGGGUUGUAUGAACAUUUUUUAAAAACACCAAAUUUUUUGUGCCUUGCCAAGUUUGCAGGAAUUCUUACAGGAAUUAUGUGCAGACUUUUCAAUUCUUUUUCAUGACUGUGGAAAAGCCUUUAGAGACCUUCUUCAGUGAGAAAGUGAGACUUCCUGGGUUUCACAGAUCUUGUUCUCAAAAUAGCAAUUCAGGUCAUGAAGACCCUCCUUUCUGAGAAUUUUCCAUCUUUUAGAAAAUAUGGUAGAAGAAACCAUCAUCAGAAUAUAUAAACAUGGUAGAGAACUUCUUUUUAAGGUAAAUACCAUAUUUUCUUUUGAUAUUUAGAUUAGAUUCUUUGAGUAGUUAUUCAUAUUAGCAACUCUUCAGCCCUACUUUAUUUUUAGUGUUGGCCUGAUAGUUAACUAUUUCAAAGAGACAGGAUUGGAACAGAUGAGAAAUAGAAGAGAAAAAUAAAAACUGCCACAGUGAAAAUAAAUCAGAAAUAUAAAGUAACAGUUACACGGCAUAUGAUUCAUAGGGAAUUUGUUUUUCAGAAAUGAUUUCAUUGUAAAAAAAGGCAAAGAGGGUAAACUCAGAUCAUUUAAAUGUUGUUAUCCAAAAUGAUAACAGAUUUUUAAUUUGUUUUCAUCUUAAAAAGUCAUCAAUAAUAAUCUGGAAAUUUUA